AUGUUGAAAAAAAUUAAUUAUUAUGAUCAUGAAUUAUCAAUUCGUAGUGCAAUAUGUGCUCGAUUAGAUUCUCCAUAUCUUUAUUUAAGAAAAUUUGCUAUUCUUUUGGAAUUUUCGGGUUCAAUUUAUAUUUGGAUUCCUUAUUCAGUAAUCAUGAUUGCACUUCAUUACACAACCAUACAUGAAGCAAUGCAAUAUAUUUUACUUUUUACAGGUUUUAUGUUUGAUAUAGUUAUUAUUGGUACAACUAAAUUUCUUAUACGUCGUCCAAGACCAGUAGUUAAUCAUAAUGAUGUUCUAGCAAUUGGGCCUGAUAAAUUUUCUUUUCCUAGUGGUCGUACAUCUCGAGCUGUAUUUCUACUUUUUUAUUUUAUUCAAACAUCAUUUUUUAAACAUUUGCCAUCUUCUUUUAUUAUUAUUUGGUUAAGUCUUGUUGUAGCUUCUCGGCUUCUAUUAGGACGUCAUUAUAUAUCAGAUGUUAUAGCCGCAGCAAAACGACAUGAUAAUAUUAGUCGUUUAACUCUCGAAGAUAUCGAUCCAUUUUUAUGUACACAUAUUAAUUUUGCUUUUGGUAAAGCACUUGAAAGUUUAACAAUAGCACCUUAUGAAGAAGAUGAUUUGAAAGGAUGGACUGUAAAUUCGAAAGGCAUGUAUGAAUGUAUAUUACAAUUCAAAGACGUUAAUCCUGAUCUACGAGUUUUAUUUAGUAUUGGUGCUGUAAAAUAUCUAGCAGCGUCAGCCUAUGAACCUCUAAGAACAAGAAAAAGUUAA